UGUCAUGUGCAGAGUCUACAUUCUCUGUCAUGUGUGAGUUGACCUUUAUGUAGUACCGAACUCACAAAGCAGAAGUAAUUUUCCGUUCCCUUUUGUUCAAUUCUACAUUGCUUGGUCAUUAUCAAUUUUUCAAGAUAUUUGUAAUUUGCAAAGAUUUUUCCAUUUAGUUAUUUUUAAACCAUUGAAUUGCAAUAAUAUAAAAAUAUAAAACCGGAUUUAAGCUGACUGUGAUCACAGUUACAUAUGAUGUUUAAAACUCUCUUAAUUGUAUUCACGGUAUUUAGCUUAGCUAAUACCGAGCUAUUGCGAGUGCCACUAAAAAAAAUUAAAACUGCUAGACAACAUUUUUCCGAUGUGGGCACCGAAUUACAACAAUUACGCAUUAAAUACGCCAAUGGUGGCAUUGCUCCUGAACCACUUUCAAAUUACCUAGAUGCGCAGUACUAUGGCCCAAUAACAAUUGGAUCUCCUCCGCAAAGCUUUAAAGUGGUUUUUGAUACCGGUUCCUCAAACCUUUGGGUGCCAUCGAAAAAAUGUCAUUUAACAAACAUCGCUUGCCUCAUGCACAACAAAUACGAUGCUACAAAGUCUAAAACUUAUGAAAAGAAUGGCACCGAAUUCGCCAUACACUAUGGCUCUGGAAGUUUGUCUGGAUAUUUGUCUGCUGACACAGUGAAUAUCGGCGGAUUAGAUAUUAAAAAACAAUUUUUUGCCGAAGCAAUGAGUGAGCCGGGUCUCGUAUUUGUUGCGGCAAAAUUUGACGGUAUCCUCGGCUUGGCAUACAGUUCAAUAUCUGUGGACGGAGUAAAACCACCAUUUUAUAAUAUGUAUGAACAGGGCCUUAUUCCUGCUCCUGUAUUUUCAUUUUACUUAAACCGCGAUCCUGCUGCACCUGAAGGUGGAGAAAUUAUUUUUGGCGGUUCAGAUAAAGAUCAUUAUGUCGGAGACUUUACAUAUCUACCGGUAACACGCAAAGCUUACUGGCAAAUUAAAAUGGACGGUGCUUCAGUCGGUGAUUUACAACUUUGCAAAGGGGGCUGCCAAGUAAUUGCAGACACAGGUACUUCAUUAAUUGCUGGACCUACCGAAGAAACAACGGCUAUAAAUCAAGCUAUCGGUGGAACACCCAUCCUAGGUGGUCAGUAUAUGGUCUCUUGCGAAUUGAUUCCAAAACUUCCGAUAAUUAAAUUUAUAUUGGGUGGCAAAACAUUCGAAUUGGAAGGCAAGGACUAUAUUCUACGUAUUGCUCAAAUGGGUAAAACGAUUUGUUUGUCUGGUUUCAUGGGCAUGGAUAUUCCACCACCAAAUGGUCCAUUGUGGAUCCUUGGUGAUGUUUUUAUCGGUAAAUACUAUACUGAAUUCGAUAUGGGUAACGAUCGGGUCGGCUUUGCCACAGCAAAAUAAGAUUAUUAAAGAAAAAUACGUAUGAAGGUCUGAAAGGAGGGAGAAUUAUGUGAAGACAGAAAAUUUAAUCGAAAAUAUUUGCGUUACAAUUGUUAAUAAAAGUUAAGGUUUUGUGAGCUUUAAAUGUAUUUCAGACUAUAAAUAAAGACAUUAUCGCAGUA